UAAUGGACGCUAUAAAAAGCUUUGCCAAUAACCUUACAAAUAGAGAUCAAAAUAAUAAUACAAAUGGGAAAAUUGUUCCCUUAGAAGAAAAAGAUAGAGAACCAUUAUCUUAAAAAAAUCCUUUGGGUAGGUAAUUAUUAUUGUUUAAUUAAGUAUGGCUGAUGAAUUAUAGAUGGCAGCUAGUAAAGGAAUUUAAAAACUUAUAUAAUCAGUGGAUAAUGCAAAAGCUGAUGUCAAAUAAGGUUUUACUUAAUUGGAUGAUAAGUAAUUGAAUUUUGUAAAAGAAUAGAUUAAAGCUGAUGUUAAAGUAGUACACUCAUUAAAUCAAUGUAUGGGCAAGAUCAAAGGUGUUAUCAUCAGUAAUCAUAGUGAUUGAGAAAUUUAGACCUACAGUUAAAGAAGGACUCAAAGAUCCUGAUAUGUGUUAGUGUGUGAAGAAUUUAGUAUUUUAAAGAGAUAAUUUAAUAGGUUGAUGAUACUGUAGAUGCAACUUGGCCAGAAAUAGUAGAUGAAGUUAAAUAUCAAUUGAUGUUGUAAAUAGGAGAUCCUUACACAGAAAUAGAAGAGAAAAAACAAACACUUGCUUUUUUAUACCCUUUUGUUUGGAUAAGGAAUUGGUAUCUCUAUUCAAAUUAUCCUUUUGAUAGAAGUGUUUGGAGAUAAUAUAAAACUAUGUAUAUAAAUCAGGAUUUAUUUAUAUAGAUCUUAUUGGUUUUGGUAUAUUGUAUCACUGAUUCCAUUUUAUGGUGUUUCAUAAUAUUUCUAUGUUUUGGAUUUUAUAAUGAUUGAUAAAGGAGAUGAAUAUUAAUUGGUGAAAUUUAUUUUAAGUUUUAAAACGUAAAAAUAAUAAAAUAAUAUAGAAUGUUCUUUAUAACUUAAGGAGUAAUGAAAGCUUUGAUAGGGUAUUUUAUGCUUUAUGCUUGUACAACUAUGAAUUAUAUUGAUAAUGCUUAUUAAGAUGAUUGUACAAGAAAAGGUCCAGGAUCUAGUAUUGAAGUCUUUUCAGAAGUUAUUGGAUAGGGUGUCCAAGUAGUUCUUAUUUGGCUUGCCUUUUUCCUUUUGUCAUGUUCUAAAUAAAAGGGAAAACCCAUUUUUCAAUAUGAUGACACUCCUCAAAUGAUAGAAGGAUGUUUUGAAAGAGGAGGUCGUCUAAAGUACUUUAUGUUUUGGGAUAUCUUUGCAUUAGGAAGUAGUAUAGGAUUGUUUUGGUUAGUGUAUUUGACAUAAGAUACUAGACCUAAUUUUGAUAAUUCAGGAGAUUUUGUAAUAAUAAAAAAAUAAUAAAAAAUAGAUUUACUUUACUGAAAUUUGUUAUGGAAUGUUGAGUUUUCCAUUUUUAAUAUUUAAUGUUCCUUUUGUUAAUGGAAGAUUGACAAAGGCCAAAGCAACAGCUUAUGAUAGAAAAGGUAAUUGUAUACCAGCAAUUGAUGGAUUAAGAAAAAAAAUAAAGAGUAAUUAAGAAGAGGAAACUAAUCUUUUGUUGAAUACAUUGACAAUAGAUGUAGGUGAAGUAUUUGAUGGUUGA